AUGACCUCCCCCACCUCGCCGUCCGACCUCUCGCUCAUCUCCCCGCAGACCUUGCUGCUGGUCAUGGCCCUCUUUGUCCUCCCUUACGUUUCCUUCUUCUUCUUGCUGCAUCGACACCUCGCUACCAAGCCUGCGCGGUUCGGGUCGGCGAUCGUUCUGGUCUUGGGAGAUUUUGGGAGGAGUCCGAGGAUGAUGUAUCAUGCGAAGAGUCUGGUGGGACAUGGGUGGGAGACGGUGGUUGUGGCGUAUGGGGAAACCGACCCCAUCCCGGCCCUCCUCGAAUCCCCACACCUGCACCUACAAUACCUCUCCCCCCUCCCCUUCCCGCUCAAUCUCCUCCCAUGGCCCCUCCGUGCGCCCCUUCGACUCCUCCUCCAAUGCUUCGGCAUGCUAUACACCGUCCUCUGGUCGGUCCCGUUCCAUACGGAAUUCAUGCUCGUCCAGAACCCGCCGUCCAUCCCGACCUUGAUGCUCGCGCAGAUCCUGUGUAGUCUGACGGGAAGCAAGUUGGUCAUUGAUUGGCAUAAUGAGGGGUGGAGUAUACUGGGGAUGAGAGUAGGGAGGGGGAGUCCGUUGGUCAAGGUUGCGAAGUGGAUGGAGGGCUUCUUUGGUCAGGUCGCUCAUGCGCAUCUGUUUGUGACGAACGCGCUCCUCACGCACCUCAAGAAGGAGUUUGAUCUUUUUGGUCAACCGGCGGUGCUGUAUGAUCGCCCACCGAGCAAUUUCCGCCGAACGGACGCUAUGCAGCAGCACGAGCUCUUCUCCCGGAUAGUCCCCACUAUCUCCCCACCCCUCCCUUCUACCCUCGCCGCUCCCGACGCCCACUCCACAAUCUUCACGACCGUCUCCAACUCGCUCUCUUCCCUCCGUCCCGGCCGUCCCGCACUCCUCGUCUCCUCGACCUCCUGGACAGCCGACGAGGACUUUUCACUCCUUCUUACCGCUUUGGACGCCUAUGAAGCUGCUUCCACCACCUCUACAGCAAAGCUCCCACAUCUUCUCUGUCUCAUCACCGGCAAGGGGCCCCUGCGCGCAGAAUUCGAAACGCUCGUCAAGGCCCGCGAGGCCUCUGGGCGCUGGACAAACGUCACGGCCCGCUGCCUCUUUGUGGAUGCGCGUGACUAUCCAUCUCUUCUGGGCUGUGCAGACCUCGGCGUCAGCCUGCAUACGAGCUCAAGCGGGCGUGAUCUACCCAUGAAGAUUGUGGAUAUGUUUGGGUGUGGCGUACCGGUCCUGGCGAAGCGGUUCGCAUGCCUCGGGGAGCUGGUCAAAGAGGGGAAGAAUGGACGGACGUUCGAUACGGGCCAAGAGCUGGGUCAGGAGAUCACAAACCUCUUAUCUGACUUUCCUAAUAAUGCUUCACUCCAAACGCUCCAGUUCUUCUUCACUGCCCAGUCGGAAAGUACGCCCAGAAGUCGUGCGGGCACACCCGUACAUGAUCCGGACGAAUGGACGACAUGGGAGAAGAACUGGGAUAGGGUGGUCUUCAAGGGGAUAUUGCGGAGGGACCGGAAGUAG